CUGGGCUGUGAUGCUAUGACGGUCUCCCAUUGGCUGGGCUGUUGCCUGGGUAGGAGAUCUUCCUCCUGCUGGGGUGGUUAAAAUGAGCCCUCUCCUGUUGGUCUAGGAGUGUGUGGGGUUAGAACUCCCCGUGCUGGUCCUAACUCCAUUUCAAACGAGGGUUCCUUUAUUUUCACAGUAGGGAGUUUUAAUUGAGGUUCUAGAAAAGAUUUGACAUUGAUUUGUUGUUUUAAAUCAACCCAGUAAUCUAAAGAAAGCUCACAGUGUUCAUUCAGUAGGUAAGAUCAGCACCUUUGCAGACUAGUGAAGAAAGCAUACUCUUAGAAGUUCAUAAAUUUUAAAUGCUUCCCGUUUCUGUAAAGAAUUGUGUUUAAAAAUUUUAAUCUCUGUUUCAUUCUUUCGACACUGUUUUGCUUCCGUUUGGCAUAGGACCUUUACUAUGGUCUUUACCAGAACCUUAGAAGUGAAGCAGAUAUAACGAAGUGUUUUCUUAUUGUCUCUCUUUUUAAAAGUAGAAAUGGAGGGGAAAAUGGUGUAUUAAACGCGGCAGCGAUGCGGCAGACCCUAGGAGAACCAUGGCCACAUCCGGUGACUGCCUCCAAGGUGAACUGCAGGGAGAAGGUCACGUGGAGUGUGGUGACCAGGAGCAGCUCCAGGAGGGUGUGCAGCCGGAAGAGUUCGUGGCCAUUGCAGACUAUUCUGCCACUGACCAGACGCAGCUCAGCUUUUUGAGAGGAGAAAAAAUUCUCAUCCUGAGGCAGACAACUGCUGAUUGGUGGUGGGGCGAGCGUGCAGGCUGCUGUGGGUACAUACCUGCAAACCACCUCGGGAAGCACCUGGAGGAUUGUGACCCUGAGGACACGUGGCAGGAUGAGGAGUACUUCGGCAGCUAUGGAACGCUGAAACUUCACUUGGAAAUGUUGGCAGACCAGCCACGGACAACUAAAUACCACAAUGUUAUCCUGCAAAAUAAAGAAUCUCUGAAAGAUAAAGUGAUUCUGGACGUCGGCUGCGGAACAGGGAUCAUCAGCCUCUUUUGUGCCCACUACGCGCAGCCUAAAGCCGUGUACGCAGUGGAGGCCAGUGAGAUGGCCCAGCACACAGGGCAGCUGGUCAUGCAGAAUGGCUUUGCCGACAUCAUCACUGUGUUCCAGCAGAAGGUGGAGGAUGUGGUGCUGCCGGAGAAGGUGGACGUGCUGGUGUCCGAGUGGAUGGGGACCUGCCUGCUGUUUGAGUUCAUGAUCGAGUCGAUCCUGUACGCCCGGGACGUGUGGCUGAAGGAGGGCGGGGUCAUCUGGCCGACCACGGCCGCGCUGCACCUGGUGCCCUGCAGCGCCGACCGGGACUACCGCAGCAAGGUGCUCUUCUGGGACAACGCCUACGAGUUCAACCUCAGUGCCCUCAAAUCUUUAGCAAUUAAGGAGUUUUUUUCGAAGCCCAAGUAUAACCACAUUUUGAAACCAGAAGACUGUCUCUCGGAGCCGUGCACGAUAUUGCAGCUGGACAUGAGGACUGUGCAGAUCGCGGACCUGGAGACGAUGAAAGGCGAGCUGCACUUCGAGAUCAGGAAAGCCGGCGCGCUGCACGGGUUCACGGCCUGGUUCAGCGUGCGGUUUCAGAGUCUGGAGGAGGACGAGCCCCAGCUGGUGUUGAGUACAGGCCCCUUCCACCCAACCACCCACUGGAAGCAGGUGCUCUUCAUGAUGGACGAGCCUGUCUCCGUCGUCCCGGGGGACGUGGUCACGGGCUCGGUUGUGUUGCAGAGAAACCCGGUGUGGAGGAGGCACAUGUCCGUGGCGCUGAGCUGGUCUGUCACUUCCACGCAAGACCCCACGUCACAGAAAGGCGGAGAGAAGGUCUUUCCCAUCUGGAGAUGACAGCUGACGCUCUGUGGGGAGCGGGGAGCUGACGCUGCAGGAAGGAGCCUGAGCGAUGAAGACGCCCUGGGACAGGAGCCCCCGCCUCGCUGCCUGGCGGGCGACAGCACCCGCCUCUGCGGGCUUGGUCCCGUCGUCAGAGUCAUCUGCCGACCGCGUCGGGCUCGGCGGGAAGUCCCUCACCACCGUCACUGCCUGUGUCCGUCCUCUAGAAGUAGGCUGUGUUUGCAGGUGUCCACCAGUGGUGUCCACAGUGCUGGCUUGUGGGUGACUUGGUGGCACAGUGUCCCUAGCUAGGUCUAGUUCUAAACUCGUAGGACACACACACAUCACCCUUGUCGUCCUGUGAAAGUGACUGUUCAUGCAUCGUGUGUCGUGGUGUCCUUGCUGCCCUGCCCCCCCCCCCCCACCAUGCAGGACAUGGGGCUGUCCCAGGCCGUGCGGGCCCCGGAGCUGGCCGUGCAUGUGACGGGACUCUGCAUGGGUAGUACAGUCGUAGAGAUGUCUUCCAGAUCCGUUCUGUGUCGGCACAUCGCACAUGCACAAUAAAUAUUUUUUAAUAAAUGAUGUUGGUGUGUAA